GUCAUUGUUCGAUAUUGUCUCGACAUGAUGCAGCAAGCGGAGCACCAGAAAAUCACGUCGGCUUUCUACAAGUAUCAGGUCUGGUAUUUCGAUAUGUUGGGCAUGUGGCGUCUACAUUUGUCUGCCACCUGGCAGCAGCACAUAUGGCAUCAGUUGCGCUGCUGCCUCAUGCUGGGCAUUGUGUCCAUUAUGCUGCUCUUCUUUGCGAUACGCGUGCUGGCCAACAUAGAUCAGCUAAGUGUCAUACUGCAGGUAUUCUUCAUGUUUGCCACCGAACUCUCCUGCAUGUCCAAGCUGCUCAGCAUUAAGCUGCAAAAUGAACAGCAUGCCCGGCUCAUCGAUGAGAUGCACUCCUCGUGCUUUCGGCCCAGAUCUGGCAAGGAGUCGCUGAUCUAUAGACGCGGCGCUCAGCGUACCGUCAAGUGGCGCAAUCUGUACGCAUGGAGUUCCGUGCUGGCCGCCAGUCUAAUACUGGUCACCCAAUGGUUUGUGGAUAACAACGCGCUGCCGCUGUCCAUGUACGAGCCGUGCGAUUUGGCCCGGCCCGGCUGCUACUAUGGACUGUAUUUGUAUCAGGUGCUGUCGCUGAUGCCCACCUGCUGGAUAAAUAUUGCAUUUGAUUCCAUAUCCGGCUCGUUCUUAUUCUUCCUCGAGACACAGCUGGCCAUGCUGGCAGCUCGAUUGGAGAGCCUGGGUGCGGUUGUUACCCCGCUGGAUGAUCAGCGCAUUGCGCUGGAAUUGCGCGAUUGUUGCCUCCACUAUGGGCGUAUUGUGCGGCUUAAGGAUCUGGUGGAUGGCUUUAUUAAGGUGCCCGGUUCGGUGCAGAUGCUCUGCUCGGUCCUGGUGCUUGUUUCCAAUUUCUAUGCGAUUUCCAUACGCACUAAAGAAACGGCUUUUAUGAUCAUGAUGGCCUCGUAUCAGUUUGUGAUGCUCUUGCAAAUCUUCAUCAUAUGCUAUGGAGCCGACGAGAUGAGCCAUCAGAGUGCAUUACUAUCCCACGCACUGUACAGCUCCGAUUGGACCACUUGGAGCAAGAGUAAUCGCAAAAUGAGCCUGUUAAUGAUGCUGCGCUUUAAUGCGCCGCUGCAGAUGCACACCCUAAAUCACUCACAGAGCUUUAAUUCUACAACUUUUGCAUCUAUUGUGAACUGCUCCUACAGCUACUUUGCUCUGCUCAAGCGUGUCAACAGUUAAAUUUCGCGCCCAAAAAAUUUACGUUACUGCACACUACGCACGCGUUGCCAUCAACAGUUAUCGAUUAACGAUUAGCCUAACCCACGUUCGAUGCUCAGCACUGCUUUAGUUUUCAGGAAAUGUUAGAGCGGUUUCGCAGAAUCACAAUAAAUGCACUAGAAACAA